AUGAAACGGAGUCAAACCAGAGAAAAAGCAGGUGCUGAGCUUUAUUGGAGCAGAGGGUACGGGCAUUGGGCCCCACCCACCCAACCCACCAUGUGCAGAUGCGACAUGUUGGGCGUGCCACCUUUAGCCUUCAACGCUCUCCUAUGUGUGGCGUCCCAUCCCAUGGCAUCCCAACUUGGGAUUCCCAAGUUCUUGUG